GGCUACGGUGGUGGCGGCGGCGGCGGCGGUGACAGGAUGUCUGCUCUCGGUGCCGGUCUGCAGAAGCAGAGCUGGGACAUGAGCGCUCUUCCCAAGUUCGAGAAGUCCUUCUACCAGGAGCACCCCAGCGUCGCCAACCGCUCUGCUGCCGAGGUCGACAAGUUCCGCGCCGACCACUCCAUUGCCAUCUUCGGUAGCAACGUUCCCAAGCCUGUCGAGACCUUCGACGAGGCUGGUUUCCCUCGUUACGUUAUGGAUGAGGUCAAGGCUCAGGGUUUCCCUGCUCCUACCGCCAUUCAGUCCCAGGGUUGGCCCAUGGCCCUUUCCGGUCGCGAUGUCGUCGGUAUUGCCGAGACCGGUUCCGGAAAGACUCUCACCUACUGCCUCCCCGCCAUCGUUCACAUCAACGCUCAGCCUCUCCUCGCUCCCGGCGAUGGUCCUAUCGUCCUUAUCCUCGCCCCUACCCGUGAGUUGGCUGUCCAGAUUCAGCAAGAAAUCUCCAAGUUCGGCAAGUCGUCCCGCAUUCGCAACACCUGCGUCUACGGUGGUGUCCCCAAGGGUCCUCAGAUUCGCGAUCUUUCUAGGGGCGUCGAGGUCUGUAUCGCCACCCCCGGCCGUUUGAUUGAUAUGCUCGAGUCUGGCAAGACCAACCUCCGUCGUGUCACCUACCUUGUCCUCGAUGAGGCUGAUCGCAUGUUGGACAUGGGUUUUGAACCCCAAAUUCGCAAGAUCAUUGGUCAGAUUCGCCCUGAUCGUCAGACUCUCAUGUGGUCCGCUACCUGGCCCAAGGAGGUCCGCAACUUGGCCUCCGACUUCUUGACCGACUUCAUCCAGGUCAACAUCGGUUCCAUGGAUUUGGCUGCCAACCACCGCAUCACCCAGAUCGUCGAGGUUGUUUCCGAGUCCGAGAAGCGUGAUCGCAUGAUCAAGCAUCUCGAGAAGGUCAUGGAGGGCCGCGAGAACCAGAACAAGAUCCUCAUCUUCACCGGCACCAAGCGUGUCGCCGACGACAUCACCCGCUUCCUCCGCCAGGACGGCUGGCCCGCUCUUUCCAUCCACGGUGACAAGCAGCAGAACGAGCGUGACUGGGUUUUGGACCAGUUCAAGACUGGCAAGAGCCCUAUCAUGGUUGCCACCGACGUGGCUUCUCGUGGUAUCGAUGUGCGCAACAUUACUCACGUGCUCAACUAUGACUACCCCAACAACUCCGAGGAUUACAUCCAUCGUAUCGGCAGAACUGGUCGUGCCGGUGCGAAGGGUACUGCCAUUACCUUCUUCACCACUGACAGUAAGUGUCACCUGAAUCUGCCCUAACUCGUGUCCUUGGCCGAAUAAGAUGCUAACGUUAUCCCCUUACAGACUCCAAGCAGGCUCGUGAGCUCGUCGGCGUCCUUCAAGAAGCUAAGCAGCAGAUUGACCCUAGACUUGCCGAGAUGGCUCGCUACAGUGGCGGUGGUGGAGGUGGCCGCUUCGGUGGCUAUCGCGGCCGUGGCGGCGGCGGUGGAUGGCGCGGUGG